ACUCUUUUUACGCGAGCAUGAGGUUAACUGAUUCAGGUAGAUAUAGAAAUUUAAGCAGUUAACCUAAUCCAUAAAAGAAAUUCGUACACGUCUUGAAAAAUCCUAGUGUUCCAAUUACAUCUUUAUUUAUUCCACCAUAAAUAUGGAAAUUAAUAUCCCUAACAUUAUCGACGCUGCCAUGCCGAAUCGCGGUAACAGGAACGUAGGAAUUAUUUCGUCUAACCUUGGUCCCAAUCAUAAUGACCCUGGCUUUCUCUCAAAGGACUUUCCACAUUCUCCCCCAAAGCUAUAUGUCACUGCUGAAGACGAUGAAUUCGAUCUACUCACUCUUAAUGAAUGGAAGAGUGAGGGGUUCAACGUCGAGUAUAUACCUAUGGGCAACGGCGGUAAUGAGUAUCGAAUGAAGUUAGAAUCAUUAAGUAGUCGCAACUUGGGCCCCUGCGAAACCUACGGCAUCAUUGCGUACGGCGAUGCGGCCGGCUUCUGCUUGGAGCACUUCCACGUACUCCAUAAUAAUCCCGAGUUUAAGCUCUGCUGUCUCAUCGCAUACUAUCCUACGCGCAUUCCAGACACGCGUACCAAGUUCCCGGGUGGUAUCCAUGUACUUGUUCACCUUACCACCGGCGAAGAAGUUAGCAUAGUGAAGCAGACGCAAAUAGUAGGGAUCCAGGGGAAGAAAAGGACCGAUAAACGAAAAAUCGAUCGUGGCAUGGGUACUGGCGGGACAAUGCAAGUGUCGUAUCCGAGCUACACCUACAACGCAGUACCCGGGUUUGCAGAACAUGACCUGGACGAGUUUGAUAGAGUCAGCGCAGAACUCAGCUGGAGCAGAAGCCUAGCAACGGUGCAAAGUGCGUUUCGGAGAGACGCCGACCUGGAGAAGGUGCUCGAGCAGAAUAUUGAAAGUAAAUUCUACAGCCGCAACUUGCAACAGACCUUGUCAACUUAUACGACUCACAAGAGUCCUCACGUCACCUAUGUCCCUACCUUGACGGGAGCCAUUGGCUCCGAAGAGCUCCAGAGAUUUUAUUCCGAGUUCUUCAUUGAUAGGAACCCCGAAUCCAUGAAACUCACUUUGCUUUCACGUACAAUCGGUUCCGACCGUGUCGUCGAUGAGUUACACGUCUCUUUCAAGCAUACGCAAGACAUGCCUUGGAUACUUCCAGGUGUACCCCCGACUAACAAAAAGGUCGAGAUUCUCAUAGUAAGCAUCGCGACUUUACGGGGAGGCAAAUUAUAUCACGAACACGUCUACUGGGACCAGGCCAGUGUGCUAGUACAAGUGGGUUUAUUGGAUCCGAAAGUAGUGCCGAAGAAAGCCAGCGAUGCAGGAGUUAAGCGGUUGCCAGUUAUGGGGAGGCGGGCGGCUAAGAGUGUACUGGUCGGCUACGACGAGAGUGAUGAGGGCGAGGCCACAAACGAGUUGAUACCUGAAUGGGAUGACGACGCUGACGACGCUGACGACGCUGACGACGCUGUAGGUAACACAGCAGACGAGGGCGACAAGAGUAACGGUGCCAAGACUAAGGAGGCAGAAAACGAUGAGAGGACAACAGAGGGAUUGGGAGACAGGAAACCUGAACAGUUUACACCAAGUCAAGAACAGUAUGAAGAUACGAAAACGCAAGGCGAUUAAUGGGACUUGUUGUUUUGACUGAUACGAGCCUAAGGAUGUUCCCUGUUGAAAGAGAAUGGGAAUUUGUCUCAAAUAAUGUACGUUUGGAUAUAUCGACAGUGUGUACCGGUUUCUAGCCGCCGAUCUUUAGCUCAACUCGGGUCGUCUAUAAUAUUAUUAAUGUUGUUUUCCAUCGACACUGCGCUACGAAGAUGUAAAACCAUGGCUCUCAAGUGGUCGAUCUAGAUGGACUUAGAUUAGGCAAUUAGUUAGGUAGCAAAAUGAUGGGUCUGAAACUAAAUAGUCGUGAGGUUCAACCAAUGGUUUAGAAGCAAUGCCCAUUCGUAUAUCGAUUGACGUCCGUUCUCAAGGGCUGUGCUGGCUUUGGCGUGCCUUAUAGCCGGUGCCUGCAUUGCUCGAGAUUAUAUGUGGCUUUUGUAUACAUAGCCAACUAUUAUAUUUAUUAUACAUCAUACAUUAUACAUUAUCAAUAUUUUAAUAUAGGUGUCAACG